UCCACGUUGUGCUUCUGGUUGCAUUGAGAUGCCUAUUACUGACAUGGCUCGAAUCACAUACUCCUGAUUUAUAGACAGAAUUGAUGCAGAAAAUCAUAUGGACUCAGGGACCAAGAAAUUUUUAAAAAAAUGGCGAACUUUUAUAAUAUCUCAUCUUACUCCUUUAGAGAUAAUAGCUGUUGUGCACCCAUUUAGACACACGUCUUGGUAGAACACUGAGAUGCUUGGAGCCCUGCGUUUGCCAGAUGAGAAUUGAGAAGGGGAAGGAGCUGCUGACAGCCAGUAAUCUCCCACGGGGUCACUGUGUCAUCUGCCUCUAUGGAUUCCAGGAGGACGAUGGUCUGACUAAGACGCAGUGUUUCCAUCACUUUCACUCGUACUGUCUGGGCCGCUAUGUCCAGCACUGCCUGGAGUCCAGCGGCAGGGAGGAACCUGUUGAAUGUCCUGUUUGUCGUGAAGGUCUUAACUUUGACUUUAAGAAGCUUCAGGCCGCCGCCCCCCCACAGCAGCCGGAGGAGCUGUUUGUUCCAGACUCGCUCACGUUACAGAGAGAUAAAGAAUUGCGUCAGGUUUAUGAGCGCCAGCGAGCGAAAGGAGGAAUAAUCGACCUGGAGGCCGAGAAGAAUCGCUUCUUCAUCAGUAUCCAGGAGACUCCUGCCAGUGAUCACGCAGCUCAACAGACCCACCCUGCCUCGGCCGAGCAGACCCACCCUGGUGCCGAGCAGACCCACCCUGGUGCCGAGCAGACCCACCCUGGGACCGAGCAGACCCACCCUGCCUCGGCCGAGCAGACCCACCCUGGUGCCGAGCAGACCCACCCUGGUGCCGAGCAGACCCACCCUGCCUCGGCCGAGCAGACCCACCCUGGGACCGAGCCCAGGCUGGACCCUGAUCUGCCGCCCUUCAUCUCCAAGCCUCAGGUAGACAGGUGGACACAUCUGUGUGGAAACAGACCCCUCAGCAGUCACCACCCCAAUGGCCAGCAGCCCUGGCGAAGUAGCAGAGGAUGGGCAGCUCGUGGCAGGCGCCGGCCAGGUGCCCGUAGAGUCUGGAGAGAAGACGACCACACCACAGCCAGAGGGAGGGCGAUGGUACGAAACAGCAAUGAGACAGUCCUGGCCAUUUCGAUUCCUGCCCGUGAAGAUCUAGAGCUCCAGGCUGACCGACUCCCUGGUGCUGACCAGACCGACACUGGUGCAGAACCCAGGCCAGGCCCUGAUCUGCCGCCCCUCGUCUUCAAGCCUCAGGUAGACGGGUGGACACAUCGGUGUGGAAACAGACCCCUUAGCAGUGACCACACUAAUUGCCAGCCCUGGCAAGGUAGCAGAGGAUGGGCAGCUCGUGGCAGGAGGCGGCCAGGUGCCCGUAGAGUCUGCAGAGAAGACGACGAUACCACAGCCAGAGGGAGGGCAAUGGUACGAAACAGCAAUGGGACAGUCCUGGCCCCUCCGGGGAGAACGCCUGAUCUCUAACACAUGUUAUAAAUGAUUGAAUAAAGUGUAAUGGCCUCUGCGGGGUGUAAGGUGACGGAUGAAUGUAUGUGCAGAGUCACAGGCUUCCCCAAGAGAAGUGUGGUGAUGGUGACCUGUCUACU